CCCAAAAGGAAUCAUAAUCCCUGGAUGCUUCUGUACUUCAUCUCCUUCCUGCUGAUCGUCAGCUUCUUCGUGCUGAACAUGUUUGUAGGUGUGGUGGUCGAGAACUUCCACAAGUGUAGACAAGACCAAGAGGAAGAGGAGGCCAGACUGAGAGAGGAGAAGAGACAGAAGCGCAUGGAGAAGAGGCGCAGGAAGGCCCUGCAGAGGCCGUACUAUGCAGACUACUCUCCAACACGCCUCUAUAUUCACACAUUCUGCACUAGCCAUUAUCUGGACCUCUUCAUCACCAUCAUCAUCGCCAUUAAUGUGCUCACAAUGUCAAUGGAGCACUACAGACAACCCAAGUAUCUGGAUGAUGGUUUGAAGUACUGUAAUUAUUUCUUCACGCUGGUUUUUGUGAUCGAGGCUGCGCUGAAAUUGGUUGCCUUUGGCUUUAGGAGGUUUUUCAAAGAGAGGUGGAAUCAGUUAGACUUGGCAAUUGUUCUUCUCUCCAUCAUGGGCAUCACACUUGAGGAAAUUGACCUGAAUGCCUCACUACCCAUCAACCCAACCAUCAUACGCAUAAUGAGGGUGCUGCGCAUCGCCAGAGUGUUGAAGCUGCUGAAGAUGGCCACAGGAAUGAGAUCUCUUCUGGAUACAGUAGUUCAAGCUUUACCGCAGGUCGGUAAUCUGGGUCUGCUGUUUAUGCUGCUGUUCUUCAUCUAUGCAGCACUGGGAGUCGAACUCUUUGGCAAGCUUGAAUGCAGUGAGGACAACCCGUGUGAGGGAUUGAGCAGACAUGCUACAUUUCAGAACUUUGGCAUGGCGUUCCUCACUCUGUUCCGCGUUUCCACCGGAGACAACUGGAAUGGAAUCAUGAAGGAUACCCUGCGGGAAUGUAAAAAUGACAGAUGUCUGAGUUACCUGCCGCUUUUGUCGCCUCUGUACUUUGUGACAUUCGUGCUAGUGGCACAGUUUGUGCUGGUGAAUGUUGUGGUCGCUGUGCUCAUGAAACAUUUAGAGGAGAGUAACAAAGACGCCCGUGAGGAGGCCGAGAUGGAGGCGGAGUUGAAGGAAGAGCUUCAUGGCAUUCGUAGACAAAGCACCGCCUCUGUGGGUGGAGCCAUCGGGCUUGAGGGUACAGCUGUUAAAAUGGAGACUCUCUCACAUGAACAGGGCCAAGACCCCAGUUACGGCAACUUCCUGACAGUUAGUAGGCCGUCUAUAUCACGGAUGCUGUCCUUACCUAAUGACAGUUACAUGCUCUAUCCUGUUAAGCCUGUAUAUGGGUCCAUUCAUGAGAGAGUCUCCAAACAGGACUCCACACUACCAGGCUCCUCUCUCUCACUCGGCACCCAGCCCUGUGAAGAUAGUGCCGUAAUGCAGGUUCCAGGAACUGCAUCUCAGACAAACCUGGCUGCCGCUCCUGCUCCCCAUCCUCUAAAUCAAAGAGCAAGAUCUAGCAAUGCCUUCAGAACCCUGCGGAGACAGCAAGCAAUAAAGAGCGACUCCAUUGAUUCCACAAACGCUGACUCUAGAGACACCUUACACAUCCCGAGCAAACCCUGCUCCAGUGAUAACCUUCAUCUCAAAGUACCCAGCAUUCCCCUCACCGGUGGAUCCGCCCCGUGUUCGCCCCAGGCCUCACCUCCCCCUCCCCUCCGCAACCGGACAGCGAGCGUACAAACAAACAGACACGUGUACAGCCAACGCAGCAUCCCCUGUCGACAAGCCGCGUACGAGACGCAAUCUAGAAAACCUCUAGAAAUAACGCACACACAUCCACAAACCAAACUACAGGAUUCGCAUGAGGUGGCCCGACUCAACACGAACGUUCCCCAAAGAAGAGCCUCUCAGCGGGUGGCACGCAACCAUAACUUGUCCCCUUAUGAACCGCCCUUCUGUUCUGAAGCCCAGUCUCAAGACUCAUUACACGGUGGGGCAUCCCGCCAGCCAGGCACCAGCGCUCAAUGUCUACGGAAGUACAACAGUAUAAAAAAUAAUGGCUUCCUAUCUCAACUCCAAGUCCCUCGGCGUCACUCGACGCACGGGGAAGAGUUACUGCUUCAGCAGCAGCCACCUGGACCUUCUCCAAUGCCCAAGAAGGAGAAAAUGAGCCCGCCCUGCAUCUCCAUCGACCCUCCCACCGACGCAGAGUUUCCGUCUCCAGCGGUCGGUCAGGAGCACAGCACAGUCCUAAGACGGCGGACACCAUCCUUCGACUCCGCACUCCCACGGGAGUCCAUAGAUCUUCCUGACAUACAGGAUGAACCUCAUUUGCCAAGUCGUUUGCCCCUCCCACAAUUCUCUUUUGACCAAUCGGAUGUAAGUUCGCUGAGCAGCCUGUCGGAACUGCUUUCGGAUAGUGACCAGUCGACGCACUCCAUCCCUCCUGAGGCUCAGAGUCCACUCAGGAAGAAGGUAUUGGUCAGAAUGGCCAGCACUAGGGAUCCAGGAAAUGAGGAUUCGUUUGCCUAGGCGACCACGCAGGAAGCCACUCGCGCAUUUCGCCUCUUCGCAAAGCAUUUUAAUAACAGGAAGAGGCGGUGUCGUCAAAAGUAUGCAAAUGUGUUUCUGUUGGAACUGAUGUUUUUUUGCCUGAUCAUAUUGAUUAGGGAACUUUUAUUAGUGUUCAUCACACACACUGAUGUUGUGACGUUUUAUGUGAGUUCAUGUGAACAUCCAUCACAGAAACAUGUUGCAUCGUGGCAUAUGAUUACUGCACAUGACCAUGCAAUUUUAACCCUCAUAUUUUGUUUGGGGUCUGAAAGGUUGUUUCAUAGCUCAAAAAGUGUCAUUUAAAGUUAUGCUGUAAAGC